AUGACACACUUGAACUACGAGACGCGUAUGCCACUUGGACAAGCAGUCAUUGAUCAAUUCCUCGGACUCCGUCCUCAUCCAACCAAAAUCCAAGCAACUUAUGUUUGGAUCGAUGGAACUGGAGAGAAUCUUCGAUCCAAAACUAGAACUUUCGAUCGUCUUCCAAAGAAAAUUGAAGAUUAUCCCAUCUGGAACUACGAUGGGUCCUCUACUGGACAAGCCAAAGGACGGGAUUCCGAUCGAUACUUGCGUCCAGUUGCAGCGUAUCCUGAUCCAUUUUUGGGUGGUGCUAACAAAUUGGUCAUGUGUGACACGUUGGAUCAUGAAAUGCAGCCAACAGCUACCAAUCAUCGUCAAGCCUGUGCUGAAAUCAUGAAUGAGAUCCGUGACACCCGUCCAUGGUUCGGAAUGGAACAGGAAUAUUUGAUUGUGGAUCGAGAUGAGCAUCCACUCGGAUGGCCGAAACAUGGAUUCCCGGCUCCUCAAGGAAAGUAUUACUGUAGUGUUGGAGCCGAUCGAGCAUUCGGAAGAGAAGUUGUUGAGACACAUUACCGUGCUUGUCUUCAUGCUGGGCUCAACAUCUUCGGAACAAAUGCAGAAGUCACUCCCGGACAAUGGGAAUUCCAGAUUGGAACUUGUGAGGGAAUCGAUAUGGGAGAUCAAUUGUGGAUGUCCAGAUACAUUCUGCAUAGAGUUGCUGAACAAUUCGGAGUAUGUGUAUCGUUAGAUCCUAAACCAAAAGUCACAAUGGGAGACUGGAAUGGUGCUGGAUGUCACACCAACUUCUCCACUGCUGAAAUGCGUGCUCCCGGAGGAAUCGCAGCUAUCGAAGCAGCUAUGGAAGGACUCAAAAGAACACAUUUGGAAGCAAUGAAAGUUUAUGAUCCUCACGGUGGAGAAGACAAUCUUCGUCGUCUGACAGGACGCCACGAGACAAGUUCAGCUGACAAAUUCUCGUGGGGAGUUGCUAAUCGUGGAUGUUCGAUUCGUAUUCCAAGACAAGUGGCAGCUGAGAGAAAAGGAUAUUUGGAGGACCGUCGUCCAUCAUCUAACUGUGAUCCGUAUCAAGUGACAGCCAUGAUUGCUCAGAGCAUUCUUCUCUGA